AUGGAUCUGCCUUUAAGAAGCCGCAUCUGUUUGAAGCUGAUGGGAUUCACACGAUCAAGUGGGGCAAGAUCAUCUUCACCACCUCUUCUGCGACCUCGUAGCCCGCCCUCAGGGUCGCAGCACUACAUCAGGAAGAUCCCUCCGCAGACUCGCCGAAGUCGGAUCCCUCCACCCCCCGAGGGCACCAGCUCGACGAGGGCGGACACGCAGACGAGGCGGAGACAAACGAAAACGACAGACAAGACAGCCAAUCGAGUCGCGGGAUCGGCCGGCGGCGAUCCGGCCGCCCAAUGGGCGCCGCAGAGGGCCUGGCCCAAUGGAGGAAGCGCGGGGGAGACAACGGGGCGUUGUCUUUUGCUGACGAGAGUAUCGGCGUGUGGGUCGUCCGGUCUGGUGGCGUUACUAUUGUCUUCGGAAAGAUCAUCGGCAAGGCGGUUCUGCGGUACCGACAGCGACGAGAACGAGGAGGUAGCCGCGGCUUUCCUCGCUGUUCCCCUGCCUGCCUGCUUGCCUGCCUGCCUUCCCGCCUUCCCGAGGACCCGGUGUUCGAGCCGUGUAUUCCAUGAUCUUUCACCCCAAGCUGGGAUGCUUUUCGUAGUUGUGCCUAAGGAGCCAAUUAUCAGGUUGUCUGAAGCAGGAGAUUCUGGUAAAUCUCUUCUUGGGCAUGUCGUGAUUGUUGGCGAGAUGUGUGUUGCUCACCUGGGCCUGACCAAUGGAUUCCGGAUGGUUGUGGAUGAAGGGCCCGAAGGUGGGCAGUCUGCCUAUCGUAUACAUCUACCCGUUCUGGAUGGCCGUCAGUUGGGCUGGCCGCCUGGCUAAGAUUUUUGCAUUGCAAGAGUUGCUGCACAUGUACAAAUCACCACUGAAUGGAUUUCGUCUGUUGCCCGUCAGUCUAGCCACUGUUGGUGUGUAAUUUUUUGUGACAUGUCUGUGAAAGCUUUGAGCAGCAGUUGCACAAUAAAGAUUUGUCAUGGGGAUAUCA